AUGGCCGGCUACAAGGUCCAGCUCCAUCAGAUCUCGAGCGAGCCCUCGGCUGGAAGCUCGUACAGCCCGUCCUUGGCCCUCUCCUCCCCUUCGCCUUCGACCCGUCCCUCCACAUCCACCGGCACUCGCCGCGUCUACACAGCCUGUGAGCCCCCUCCUCUGGUCCCGGCCGAUCAAGGCCGAUCGCUGACGCCGGUCGUAGCAGGUCAUGCGUCCGGCGUUGCGAUAUCGCCCAACAACGCAGCCGUCAUCAAUCACAAUAGAACUGGCUAUCAGUCAAACUCGCCUAGUCCGGGCUAUGGGGGCGCCUACUACACACGAUAG